AUGUUUGAUAUUGGGAAGCGGACCGGUUCCGGUGACUGGGACAAAACGAACAACGAUGGCUUAGAGAAAGGAGACGGCGAUAGCGGGAUGUCUGGCCAAGGUGAUGAAAACGUAAAGCCUCAAUUCGGCGAUGACCACAUGUGCCGCAACUGUGGCGGCAUUGAUCACUUUGCCCGAAACUGCCUCGAUGCUGAUUACCAUGCUGGACACCAUAACGGAGGUGGCCUCGGCGGCUACUCGCAGGGAGCGUGCUUCAACUGCAACGAAGAAGGACACUCGAAGGCAGACUGCCCUCGCCCUCCUCAGCAGUUUGGGACCUGCUACAACCGCGGCGAAGAGGGCCAUUCCAAGGCCGAUUAUCCUGCCACUCGCAAGGCUAGUGGAGCUUGCUUUAACUGUGGCCAGGAAGGUCAUUCCAAGACCGAGUGCCCCAACCCCAAGGUAUUUACCGGCACUUGCAACUUCUGCGGCACUGAGGGCCACCCAGCUGCCCUCUGCCCUCUGCGAGACCCCAUCGUCUGCAAGAAUUGUCACUCGGUCAAAGACUGCAAGGGAAACCGCAAGUUCGACAUGUUCGGUGUUGAAGACAAGACUUCCGAAGAAGCUUGGGCUAUGAUGAAGGGGGCCUGUGACGGCGAAAUGGAUGACUUCCGUAAGGCCAUUCAGGUCUACUCAAAGGCAUGUCCAGCUGCAACUUAUCUGGAAAUUGCCAAGAGAAUGCAUGAGGAGAAGUUCAAAGUCUAUCUCAUCGGCCUUGAGAACCCUAAUCAGGCUGACAACAUGACCCUCAUUGACCUGCAGGGCCAGUUGGACCGUCAGUAUCUGGUCGGACUUUUCAGAAGCCAGAAGCUCUGCCGAAAGGCCCUCAAGGGUCGUUGGCCCGAGAACCAAGAUGAGAACAUGGACCGCCUGGGCAAUGCGGGCCUUCCCUACGAUCGCCUGGUCGUCAAGUGCCGCAACUGUGAGGAACUGGGUCACAUUGCCAAGCACUGCCCCGAGGAGGCCAGAGAGGUCUCGAAAGUCGAGAUCAUCUGCCUUAACUGCAACAAUAUGGGCCACCGCGUUCGCGACUGCCCCCAGCCGCGCAAAAGCAAGCAUUGUUGCCGCAACUGCGGUGUUGAAGGUCACCAAGCCCGGGAAUGCCCUGAGCCGCGCUCCGCUGCUGAUGUCAAAUGCCGCAACUGCGGCGAUACCGGUCACUUCGCAAAGGACUGCACCCAGGCUGGCGGUGGCGGUGCUCGUACCUGCCGCAACUGUGGAUCCGAAAGCCACCUUGCCCGUGAAUGUGACCAGGCUCGCAACCUUGAGACUAUUCAGUGCCAUAACUGUGACGAGAUGGGCCACCCUGCCCGUGAAUGCCCCAUGCCCAAAGAUUGGUCCAAGGUCAAGUGCAACCGCUGCAACGAAAUGGGCCACACCGUGCGACGAUGCCCUCUGCCCGAAGACUCCGGUGAGAACGAAUACGGUGGCUAUAGUCAUGGCAAUCCACCUCUCAACCACACCUGGGACUCCACCAACGAGGUUACUGAGCAAUUCGGUCAGUUGAACACCAGCAAUGCCAACGUCUCCGGGCCCUCGUGGUAA